UUAACAAAAAAUUGAAAUAUUUAACAAAAUCAUUAAGAACUUAAAUUGGUAAUACUGAAAUUGAUUGAUUCUGCAUUUCUGCAGGCAGCUAAGCUGUAAGCAAUUUUUUACUUUAUUAAUUUCGGUAAAUUAAUUAUUGACAACUAACUGUACCAACCACCAGUUAUUACUUUUAACAAAACGUACGAACGUAUACACCUCUCGAUUUUGUUUUGUGCGUUUUAGGUAAUUUUAUUUGGUAUUGUAGUGCGUUUAUAUCGAGAAAUGUGUACUUAUAUAAAAGGUUUUUGAAGCAAAAAAUAAGUGCGCACUUAAGCCCUUCCCAAGUAUAAGUAAUGUCUCCAAUUACGGCUUGGGAAAAACUUCAACAGAAUCUUCACGGGGAAGACUUUCAACAGAUUUAUAACGAUCAUUUUCCAAUUGAAGUGCGGCAGUUGUUAUCCCCGUGGUUUGAAACUAAAGCUUGGACUGAAAUCGAUCCAGAUAAUUUAGAGCAUGAAGGUUAUAUUAAAGGUUUAUUUGUGUCUUUUGUGGAUGAAAUAGUAUCUAAGGCUAAUUCUAUGGUAACUAAUGAACAGUUUGUCAGUAAACUAAAACUAAUUGAUACAGCUAAAUUAUAUAAAGAGAAGUACUCUCAAAAUCCAAAAGAGUUGAUAAGAAUUAUUAAAAAGUGUUUGGAAUCAGAAUCCUUAAUGGCUCAACAAAAUAAUGUGUGUAUACUAUAAUGUUUAUACUUCUAAUUUCCAAUAUUUUUUUUGUAACAAGCUGGAUGGUAACUAAUGAUUUAGUUAGAACCUUUUGAGUUUUGUAUGGGCGAUAUACAUAUAUCUAUACUAUGCAAACUUUUAUCACUUUCUCUAGGAAAUCUGAACAAAAUAUAAUCCCUUAUUGAUGUGCGUAUCCUCAAAGUAAAAAGUAUUUAGUUUUAAUAAUACAAGGUUCUUUAAAUAACUUAAGGAGCAAAUUAAGCAUGUAUGAAUAGUUGCUUCUCAGAGAGUACAUUAGGAAAAAAUUAUAAAUGAGUGAUAGCAUCUCAUUUUGAAUACUCUGUUUAGUGAUAACUUAAUAAAUACAUACUGUCUAAAUAAGAGCUUAUAAUACAUUUGUUGGUUUAUAAGAU